CCGCCUCGAUCCUGACCAGAUUUAGCGGGUGGACCUUCGAACGCAAGGUGGCGGUAUGGAACCGAGAAAGCGUGAAUCUAUACUUACCUUGAAUUCCAGCUAGGUUGAAAGUAACAAUUGUGGCGAUUGGUGAAUCACUAACGUAUCAUUGUUUGAGAUCGAUAUUUUGUGGAAUGUACAGAAAACUGUAGACGGAAUUGGGGGUUUCAGUUAUUUUGAAAUAUUAUUUUUGGGGAGCUUUUUGUCUCAACGGGGACAUCGUGGAGGUCCUAAUAAAAAGUCGCCUGUUUUUGCUUUGUGUAGGCUACAUAGUUCACUGAGGUAGCUGCAGGAUAAUCAGAGUUGUUCAUUUUUGGUACAAAUGAAAUGAAAUAGUUUUAAAACUACCUUUGGUACCAACGAUUUGAUUUUUAUUGGCUAGAUAGACAUUGAUACCAACCCAUUAUUCGGUUUAGAUCGUUCCUCUAUUGGCUGCAGGGGCAAUCCACAUACAAUCAGAUGGUGACAUUUUCGGGUUUCUGGCGAAGGACUUGCACAGCCAUCCUUCAAGUGGCGAUGCUGAGAAGCUCCUCAGCUCCACCGGGCUCUCAGGACCGCCUAUCUGACACCGUCUCAUUCGCGCAGCCACAGACCGUGCUGCCAGGCGCAUUAUGGAUUUUAAAAGUCAGCGGACGGAUAGUGAAAACCUGGAUAUAAUUUGGGGUUAAAAGUUGAACAAACGGAACCAUUUCCCUCGGGGUUACGAAUUGGAUACUAAUUUUACGUUGGUUUUCCGCCGUAAGCAAUACACGGAGGAUCGCAGGAUCGAUUAAAAGAGCCCUAAUACUUAAGAAGCGACAAGAAUAUAAUCUUUAUUCCGCUCUCCUUACCAACCUCAUCAUGACUUCUUUCACAGGCAAUAAAGAUAGGUGUUCUGCGACGACAAGGAGCCGGAAACAUGCGAUUAUCGAUGCCUCUCCGACCAAAUCAGCCUCUUACUCCCCAGAGACAUGGUACAGAAAAACUUACGAGGAAUCGCGCUCCGGUAAUCGCCCUGCCCCGGAAGGCGCGGGAUCUAUACCCAGCUCGUCUGGAACCCCUUCUCCGGGAUCAGGGAUCUCCUCCCCAGGAUCCUUUUCUGGAUCUCCCGGCACCACAUCUCCCGGUGUUUGCACAGGUUCGCCUGGAUCUCUUGGCGGAUCUCCGGGAUUUGGCACUGGGUCCCCUGGUUCGGGCAGUGGGAGCUCGCCUGGAUCUGACCGAGGAGUAUGGUGCGAGAACUGUAAUGCCCGGCUGAUAGAGCUGAAAAGGCAGGCACUGAAACUGCUUAUCCCCGGACCCCUGUCCAGCAAGGACCCUUCACUCCCUGCACUGCUCAACGACAAGCUGCAGGUGGCCAACAGCACGCGCAAAGCCUGGAACGAGCGCGACGCCCGCUGCGACGUGUGCUCCACCCACUUGAAUCAGCUGAAGCAGGAGGCCGUGUACAUGGUGCUCACGCUGGAGCGGGCCGCCUCGCUGGAGCCCCCAGACUGCUCCCCUGGCACCCCCUCACCCCUCGCUAACCUGCCCUCACUGGUUGGCCCACGCAGCAUCCUGCAGGGGGCGUCGACCUGCUCAGGAACGUCCGUCUCGCACCCGGCAGUGACUGGCCCCCGUGUGGGUUUCUCCAGACACGGCCUCAAGCCUAGCAGCCUCGGGGUGACCGAUGGGGCAGAGCGCAGGGACAGCCCUCCCAGCCAUGUGGGGAAGCCAGUGGCCCAGCUGGGAGUCAAACCAGGGGCCAAAUCAGGGGCCCAGCCUGGGUCCAAGCCAGGAGCCCAGUCAGGGGCCAAGUCGGGAGAUAAGCCUGGAGUCCAGCCAGGGGCUGAGUUGGGGGCCCAGAUUGGGGCUCAACAAGGAGUCCAGUCAGGGGCCAAACUAGGAGUCCAGCCAGCGGCCAAGUCGGGGGCCCAGAUUGGGGCCCAACAAGGAGUCCACCCAGGGGCCAAACUAGGAGUCCAGCCAGGGGUCAAGUCGGGGGCCCAGAUUGGGGCCCAACAAGGAGUCCACCCAGGGGCCAAACUAGGAGUCCAGCCAGGGGCCAAGCCAGGGUCCCAGACAGGGCCCAAGCCAGUACUGCAGCCAGGGACCAAGCUAGGAAUCCAGCCAGGGGCCAAGCUGGGAGCCCAGCCCGGGGUCCAGGCUCCGACCCGCCCAUCUGGCAGUCCCUCCAAUGGUAGCAGCAAUGGCAGCAGCAAUGGCAGUGCCCUCAGCAACGUGGCCCUGCAGGCACACCAGUACCCAGAAAGCACAUGGCCUGCAUCAAGCGCCAACGGAGUCACCCUCUACCCCUGCCAGGUCUCCCAGCUGCUUCCUGAUGGUGGCCGCGAGGGGGUGACAGAAGCGAUGAACUGCUGCAACGCAGACCGACCAUCAGCCUACAGCUACCCGGCCCCACAUACCCCCCAGGUCACCACAGCGCCCUCUAGUGGCACCUCUGCAGCUGCCUCCUUUUUUGCCAGAGCGGCCCAGAAGCUGAACCUCUCCUCCAAGAAGAAGAAGCCACACCCAGCACCACCGCCGAUGUGUGACCCGCCUCCUUUCCCCACCAACUUCAGUGGAGUGCUGCAAACAUCACCACCGCCCGCUCCACCCUGCCUGCUCCGCGCCGUCAACAAGGUUAAAGACACCCCCGGACUGGGCAAGGUCAAAGUGAUGCUGAGGGUUUGCCCGCUGUUGCCAUCGGAGACGUCCGAGUCGCGGUCCUUCCUGAAAGUGGACCCACGCAAGAAGCAGGUGACGAUAAUGGAACCGGUGGCCAGCGCGGCCCAUGGCUCCCAUGGCUCCCAUGGCUCCCCGCAGAAGCGCACUGUCGGCAACCAGGUGCCCCCCAGGAUGUUUGCCUUUGAUGCCACCUUCCCCCACGAGGCGUCCCAGGCUGAGGUGUGUGCGGGCACCGUGGCAGAGGUCAUCCAGUCUGUGGUCAACGGAGCAGACGGCUGCGUUUUCUGUUUUGGACACACAAAGCUGGGAAAGUCAUACACCAUUAUCGGGAGAGACGACUCCACGCAGAAUCUCGGAAUCAUACCCUGUGCCAUCUCCUGGCUCUUCAAGCUCAUCAACGAGAGGAAGGAGAAGACGGGGUCACGCUUUUCCGUACGCGUGUCUGCUGUGGAGGUCUGGGGGCGGGACGAGGUCCUGAGGGAUCUCCUGUCUGAAGUAGCAACAGGCAGCCUGCAGGACGACCAGAGUCCUGGUAUCUACCUUUGUGAGGACCCCAUCUGCGGAAUGCAGCUCCAGAACCAGAGCGAGCUGAGAGCCCCCUCCCCAGAGAAAGCUGCCUUCUUCCUGGACGCUGCCAUCGCUGCGCGGCGCAGCAGCAGGCCUGGCUGCAGCGAGGAAGAUCACCGAAUGUCACACAUGCUCUUCACCCUGCACAUAUACCAGUACCGCAUGGAGAAGGCCGGGAAGGGCGGCAUGUCGGGGGGCCGGAGUAGGCUGCACUUGAUUGACCUGGGCAGCUGUGCUAAGGUGCCCAGCAAGACCCGUGACGGCCCUGCCGGACCCUGCCUCUCCCUCACAGCCCUGGGCAAUGUCAUCCUGGCCCUGGUCAACGGCAGCAAACACAUCCCUUACAAGGAUAGUAAGCUGACCAUGCUGCUAAGGGAAUCCCUGGGCAACAUUAAUUGCCGCACCACCAUGAUCGCCCACAUCUCCAGCUCGCCCAGCAACUUCUCCGAGACGCUCUCCACAAUCCAGAUAGCUUCAAGAGUGCUCAGAAUGAAGAAGAAGAAGACUAAACAAUACACUUCUAGCUCAUCUGGUGGGGAGAGCUCCUGUGAGGAGGGGAGGAUGCGUCGGCCGACCCAACUGAGAACCCUACAUUCUCGCAAUGUGGUGGACUCCGACCUGCCUCUGCUACAGCUCUCCAGUGACCCAGAUGACUACUCCAGCAGUGAGCAGUCAUGUGACACAGUCAUCUAUGUGGGGCCUAAUGGUUCUGCUCUGUCAGACAAAGAGCUGACGGACAAUGAGGGCCCUCCAGAAUUUGUACCCAUCAUACCCUCGCUACACAAGAACAAGGCAGAGAGAGUGAGACCAUCACCUCAGCUGACACUGGAUCCACAGUUAAUUCAACAGCCUCAGCAGCAGCCUCUGGGCGAUGAUUCGCAACUGGGCAAGCGUGAGCAGGACUGUCUCAAGUGCAACACAUUUGCUGAGCUGCAGGAAAGACUAGAGUGCAUCGAUGGCAGUGAAGAGAUCAGCAGCUUCCCAUUUGAGGAGGUUCCACCUACCAAUGUGGCCAAAGUUGAAUUCUCUAAUAGCAUGGUUAAAAACAACCUGGAGACACGCCUAGGCAAGAUGGCAUCAUAUGACCAGCAGUUGGAGGAGACUGGAGAGGUGAUGGUAGAGGCAGUGAUCACACAGUCUACAAUCUGCAGACUCUCUCAGGCAGCAGCUGACAGCUGCGAACUGUCACCUAGUAGAUGUGUGACAGGAAGUAGCAGCGACGAGUUUGAAAAAAAAGGUUCCACUCUCCAUGACGGUGUGGAGUCCAUGAGUGCCACCAGCCAUAGUGAGAGCAAACCACGGUCUGGAGGCUCCCCAAGGCUAGGCAUUGCUAGCUUGACUAAAACUUCUGAGCACAGGCCAGCAUCUUCACCGUCUCAGCGCUGCAAGGUAUACACCCAAAAAGGGAUCUUUCCUUGUACUCCGUUGUCAUCAUCGCAGAGUUUGAGUAGGGAAACUGAAAGGUCUUCUACUGAGUCUUUGCUUCAGCUUGAGACUAGAACUUCCCCUGUUGGUAUGAGUUCUCAAAUCCUAAAAAGAAACUCCUCUUCAAUUAGUUUGGACUCAAGUGAAAUUUUGACUGAAGUUCUGGUUCAGCCUUCAUUGGAGAACAAGAGAGAACUAAGAAGCAGCACUACCUUGACUGUACAGCAGCCACUGGAGCUAAAUGGAGAGGAUGAGCUGGUAUUCAGCCUGGUGAAAGAGCUUAACAUCAACGCCAUGACAGAGGAUGGCAGGCCCACCAGCAUCAUAAGCUUCAACAGUGACUGUUCAGUUCAGGCACUGGCUUCUGGAUCCAGGCCCGUCAGCAUCAUCAGCAGUAUCAGUGAAGAUCUGGAUCACUUCACUGUCACUUCCUCCAUGACCACAACUUCAGCAAUAACCAAACUCAUUCCUUUCUCCGCGGAAGAAGACUUCUCCAGUGAGUACUCCAUCAGCUCAUGGCUCCAGAAUGUGAGCACCAGCAGUCAUGAAGAUCAGGCUUUUAGUAGAGUCAUUGUUCAGUCAUGUUGUAGCCAAAGAGAAGCUUUGGCCGAACCCCUUAAACCUGAACUUUCAGAGGUUGCCCUCAGUGAUGGCCACAUUCUAAUAAGGGAAGGGGUCACCUUGGCAACUGAUGGUUGCACUACAGCUUCAAAAGUGAAUGAAAAGUGUCCAGUAAGUGAAGACAUUCCUCCCAUAGGAAAAGACGUGGUUGGCAUUUCUAAUUCACAAAAUCCGGGGAACACAAAAAACAUAGUACCCAUCAAAAUGAAUAUCUCUGAUAAUCCUUGUGACACGGCUGAACCAGCAGUAAUACAGGACUCUGCUGAACCGUUACCAUCCGUUAAAAUGUCACAAAUAAAAGAUGUGAAAAUGCCUCCUGUUCCGAUUUCCAGUGGAAUGAAAUUUGAGGACCCCUGGAUGAAAAGAGACACGGAUAACAUAAAGCUUAAAGAAAAUACUUGUGCUGUUAAACCAGAGAAGAAGGGUUUUUGUUCUGGAAUAAAUCAGAGCCAAAAUGGCAGGCUUGGGUCAAUCCCUGGGGAAGUGGCUUCCUCUGCUUCUCUGAAAAGAGUGGUGGACGGCAGUAAUAUAGUCAUGAAUGCAGCAGAAAUCCUGCCACCUGUCCAUACAGCUCAUAUGUUUAGGGCAUCCAGCCUUCCAAGAGGCUGGUGUCGUGCCAACAGACAGGAUAAUAAUGAGGACCCUUCUAAUUCUUACUUGUAUGGCGAAUAUAACAAUUUGGGUGUAACAACCUCUACACCAUGUAGACCAAAGGCUACUCUGGAAAAAAGGGGACCAUCAGCAAAGCCAGGAGUCUUUGCUCAGGUAAAGGGAAUCCCACCACUACCACCAAUAAGGAAGUCCAGCCUGGAUCAGAAAAACCGAGCCAGCGUCCAGUGUGUCACUAGCAACACUUCAACAUCAAACUUGACACAGUCUUUCCUACGUUGCACAACUGAUGAUUCUGGAAACUGUGUGAAAAACAAAGGUUGCAGUGGUGAGAGCAGCAGACUUUUUAGUGCAAAGCUUGAGCAGUUGGCUAACAGGACUAACUCUCUGGGAAGGUCUAAUGCAGGGCAGUGUGACUGCCUGUCCUUGGAGAGAGCAGAUAGCUUGACUUCAGUUGGCUCGAGAAGCAGUACGGGGAAGGAAUGCAGUAUGCCAAGACUGAGCCGAAGCCUUCGGCGGAGUUCUGUGUCCUCAACAAUUAAUGGACACAGUAAUGGGAAUAGUAAUACGCUGCUGUCACCCAAGGCUAGCCCAUCCAAGAUCUCUGCAGUCAGCAAACUCCUAAUGGUCAGCCCCAAGGCCCGAAGCUUGUCCGCAUCCAGCACUCGGACCCUCAGUUUCUCAACUAAAUCUCUCCCACAAUCUGUCAACAGGAGCUCCAGUUUACCACCAAAUGGAAAGAACCAGAAUCAGGGCUCCUGGUCAACUCAGUCUUUGAGUCGAAGUCGGGGAUCAGGAUUGGCCUCUAAGCUCCCCCUGAGGGCAGUGAAUGGGCGGAUCUCUGAACUCCUCCAGGGCAGCAUAGGCUCCAGAGCUCGGGGACCGUUAGAUGUUGAGGCGCGGGCUGGGCUCCCGGGGGAGGAGAAGCAGGUAGCCAGUGCUCUGCCGUCCCCAUACAGCAAGAUCACAGCUCCGCGCAAGCCCCAUCGCUGCAGCAGUGGCCAUGCCAGCGACAACAGCAGCAUCCUAAGCGGAGAGUUACCUCCAGCCAUGGGGAAGACCGCCCUGUUCUAUCACAGCGGAGGCAGCAGUGGCUAUGAGAGCAUGAUGCGUGACAGCGAGGCCACAGGCAGUACAUCCUCGGCCCAAGAUUCAAUGAGCGACAACAGUAGCUCUGUGAGUGGACGUAGGAGUGCCAAAAACCAAAAGAAAAGGAACAAUACAGGUUCACAGCGGCGCCGCCUGAUCCCUACACUCUCCUUUGACAUGACUUCACCGGUAAGGAAGCAAGUUCUGAGUCCUGGAGGCCGCUGGGUGGACGGCCCCCUGCGAGCCGGCCAGAGAGGCCUGACCGAUACUUUUGAGAUCAAGGUCUACGAGAUCGAUGACGUGGAACGUCUGCAGAGGAGGAGGGCUGCUGGCUCCAAGGAAGUGAUCUUCUUCAGUGCCAAGCUAAAGAUCCUGGAGCACCGACAGCAGCGCAUCUUGGAGGUGCGGGCACGGUACGACUGGCUGAAGAAGGAGCUGGAACAGACGAAGCAGCAUUUGAUGCUGGCGCCGGAGAAGUGGACCAGUGAAUUUGAUUUGCAGCAGACGUUUGAGGUGGACUCGGUGGAGUACCUGGAGGCUCUGGAGUGUGUCACCGGGCGUCUGGAGAGCCGCGUUAACUUCUGCAAGGCGCACCUGAUGAUGAUCACGUGCUUCGAUGUUACCUCCAGGCGGCGAUGAAGGAGACGGCCCAAAAAAGAAUGUGCCCAUAGGAAGUGAAGUGAUUGGAAUGUGAUGAACAGUAUGGAAUUCAGUGUACAGCAGUGCUUCCCAAUCCGGUCAAUCGUAGACAGCCGGUCCACGAUUUUGCUCCCUCCCCGAGAAAAAACGUGGACUGGCUGUGGAUCCCCGAGGAGUGGAUUGGGAAACACUGGUGUACAGGAAUCAGCUGCAUGCUUAUCCGAUGCCUGCUGAAUCUCUGAAAAGCCAAACGUUAUGUUCCCAGAUGAUUAGGAGAUACCUGUGUGAAUAGAUAAUCACCUUUAUCAAGGAACUGCUUCAUGCUUCUUUAUGUUGGUUAUUAUUUCCUUACAAUGAAUAGACUGAAGAAAUAAGGAGGAACUGAAAGGGAAGGAAGGAAAUGAGUAAAGAGUACGGUAGAAAAAUCAGCAAGUGCCUUGCAAAGACUUGCAUAUCCAAACAUCCCUGUAUAUAUGUAAAGAUGGUGCUAACGUAUAUUACAUAAAAACAAAAUAUAUACAUACAUUCGACCUUUUCAUGUACAAGUAUGCAUUUUCUCUUCUUUUUACAAAUAUAUUCUUGCCAAGAAGGAUAGACUGUGGUAAGUGUAGAUCCCUUCAAUUUGUUUUUUACUUCACAAAAUUAGCCUGAAGAGUCUGAGAGUGCUGAAGAAUGCUGGGAAAAAAGAAAUAUUCAAAAUGAAUUUGGCCUUAUAUGAAAAAUACUAUUCUCCGUGACUCAGCGAAUUUUAGAUUUGCUAACGCAACACUGUGCCGCCUGAGGUCAAGCGACCAAGAGGCUGUGAGUUUUACAUGCCACACGUGUAACCACGGUAAAAAUGGUGCUGAGGAAAAUGGUGCUGCAGUGUUGUUCCUUGUCACAUGAUCCUCAUCAUCAGCAUCAAAUAUUAAACAAGUUUUCAGACAUUUGGAAAUGAAUGAUCGAUUGUCUCCUGAAAGCGUCACAUAAAAUUGCGCCAAGUUUUCAAAACUGUAAGAAAAUCACCAUCAGCUCCCUAAGUUUAUCUGACUGUUAUAAAUUACCACCCACAUGGCGAUUUAUUCCUCUCCUUCUCCCUGGUGCCCCCAGGCUAUACGACAGAGACACAGUUGUCAUACUUAAAUAAGGCGUGCAUUUCUGUGUCAGUAUGUCAAAUAGACAAGGAUGCAGAAAACUGCUACACAAGUUCACAUUCACAUCGUAAAGCAAUGCCUGUGGCAGUUUCUUGUCCUAACAGCAUGUACUUAUUUUAUGUACAUGCUUAUGUACAUUCCUCUGACAUGAAAUUACCAUGCAUUUUAACCUUUAUACUGCAAAUGAAGUACAAAUUAGCCACAUAAAGGUUACAACGCACAGUAAUUUCUUGUCAUAGCAGUGCAAAUGCACAUAAAAUAAGUACACAUCUGCACUGCUAUGGCAUGAAAUUGCCACCCGUAUCGCCAGUUAUGCGCAUCCUUGCCAAAGGGCACGUGGAAUCUUCAUUUGUGCCAGGAAAUGAAUCCCCAUUCAUUCUCUGCGGUCCCAUUGCAGCCUAGUAUGCACACCGGUAGCUGUUGUCACUUUUUUUUGAAGAUCUUUAGCCUCUUUUUAACCCCGUCUGCCUUAUCGGUCUCAUUCGUCUACACCCACUCCUUCGUCUCUGCAGAUAGGCAGAUUUCACUCCCAUCCUUUCACCUUCAUCAUGUUAAUUUUUGAAGGAUGUAAUUAAUUUCUGAACUCAGGAUGAUUAGUUUCACAGAGUUGCUUAUAUUAAACAAAGUAGUUAUACUGAUUUGCAAUGUGCUAUGCAUUAAAGAUUGUACAAUAGCAAAUACCAUUUCAUUGAUACUGUAUAUAUAAGAUACAUAAAAUGUCAUUAGGUGUUGUGGAAAUAUUACCAUUUUUUCCCCUUUUUUAACAAAUGCACUUGACGGUGGAUUAUUUGGGUGUAGUCUACCAUAGUUGGCCAGGCUCCAUCACUCUGUUAAUGGUGUACCACAAAAUCAUGGUGUAUUUGGUAUAUUUCCCAUAGCCCUGCAUUGGAUGGCCUUUCCACAAUGUAAUAUAAUCUGAUUCAUAGUGCACUUUGAUAAGAGCGUAUACAGUAUGCUUUGUGUCUGACUAGUCACGGCGAUGAUCUUUGUUGUCAACAUGAAGCCUCGAUCAUAAGAAUUCAGCUUGAGUCUCCUUGAUGUGCAAGAGAUGAUCAUGAGUUAUGAUAAAGAUGCUGAAAUUGUGCCUGUAUUGUGUUAUGUACACAUAGAUGGACAAGCAAUGUACCCGCCACCAUCAAAUAAAUGCAAAAAUAAUAAUUAUAAUAAUAAAAAUUCAAGUGCAAUCAUUUGUCUACAAUCAAAUGGAGAUUCUUGUUCAUUGUAUUGUUUAUGGGAAGCACAAUACAGAAUAGAUGUAUUAUUCAUAUCCUUUGUCAGUUCAUUAAUCAGUGAUCAAUUACAUUUACCACUUAAACAAUGAACUUAUCUAGGUUUAUUUAGAUUGAUUUCAGUAAGAAUCAGAUAAUGGGUAGAUAUUUCAUAAGGACAGUUCUUAAAGGAAUUCCUCAGUCUUAGCAUAAUAAGAUGGAAUAAGGAUAUUGAGUGCUUUGAUUAUACCCAUGUUGUACAAAAUGUUUAUUAUUGAUCGUGUUAAAUGCUUUAAAAGGCGUUCAAUUUCAUGUUUUUUUCUAGCUAAUAACCUAAUUUUCAGCCAACUUCCUGGCUCUCCCACUCGUUUGCUGUGAGCUGCUUGGAUCUCGCUGUUUUCCUCGGAUAUGGCGGCACACCUGAAUGACUGGAACCUCAGUCUUUCUUACUGUUUUAAAUCACACCCACGAUCAUCGUAAACAAUUAAAUAACUUAAAAUAUAACAGUGGGGUGUUCUGAUGGGAUAUUGGCCCCAAAACACUCCAUUCCUAUUGGUAAAGUCAAUGUGAGAUAUGAUAUAAAAUACAUAAUCAGAAUAUUAUUUUUAUAUUUAGAUUCAAUUAUAUUUUGUAUCAGUGAGAACUUUGUGUAUUGUGGGAGAAAUAUUUGACCUUUGGACAAACAACAUGGAAAGUAGUAAGGAAUUAAUUCUCAUUAUAGGAAUUUUCACCAAGCAAGAAGCUUGGAACAAAGGAUUUCCAAACUGAAUUCUUUGAGGUAGAUAUUUAAUCUAUAAGGAUUAAUUGCUUUAGGCAGUCAAAUACUGAAUAAGAAUUUCCCCAUGACCAUGGAUAUUGGAUAAUUAAUGUUAAAAAUGAUACAUUUUGGAGAUGUGUUUCAUUGGAUAAACACUUUGAAUUAGUGAGGAUUCCUGAUGACUCAUUGACUUGCAGAGGUGCAUUUUUGUUAGUGACGGAUUGUAAGACUCCUACCUGCCACUGUGAAGGUCAAUCAACAAGAAAAUCAAAGCCGACAAGUACAGGCAGCUAGAACAUUCCCCCGGUGGGAGAGUGUGGCUGUGCUGUGGCUGGCUGCGUGUCUCGUCUCAUUCGGUGAGAGGACUGCUCGUCUGCUCUACCUGAAUCCAGACCCACAAUGAGGAGAGGCUCAUUUACAUAACAUCCUGAUCGGGCUCCUUGUUCUCAAGCACAACAUUGCAGUACCUGCUGCCCAUCUUUACUGGAUCCGUGUUUUCAAGAUAAAUGCUGCAGAAUAUUUUUGUUCUGUUACAAUGGAGUAAUUUUACUCUCAUAUCUCACCGCACAGCACCCCAUUCAAUGGCGAAAUACAAGACAGAUUAUUUAUACUGUAUUUAUAUAAAACCUACAGAUGAGUUUUCAGAAAGGUUAAUGGACAUCGUAACCCAAACAUAUGUAUUAGGUACAUUUGGUACGUACUUUAUAUUUAAUACAUUUUGCUAAUGAUAUUGCAUACCUAGCUCUAAGAUGAAGCAAUUCAAAAUGUAUUAGAAGAUAAGUUAUUGUAGGCCCAUACAAUAAAUUGUCAGGAUCAGUCCUUACUUUGUCCAUUUCUGUCCUUCACUUCUCUGUUUGGCCACUGGGUGUCACUGGUCAUCCCGUUCGAUUCCCUGUGUUCCCCUAGGUUUAACCCCAAUCAUAGUGCACAUAGAGUAGAUCUCCUUGUUUCUUGGGUCAUCGUGUGGCUGAAUGCAUGGUAAAGAACCAUAUAACCUGGAACAUCGCGAGUUCCAGGCUAUUUGUGCCCCAGGACUCUUUUUUGGUUGACUUUGUGCGUAUAUCGUGUUUCUUGUGUUUCUGCACUCUAGUUAGGUGGUUGUCCAUAAUGUCUAUACUGUUCUUGGUUUUCCCUGCCUGAACUGUGUGCCCAGUUUGUAUCCAAGUCCUGUAUUCAUGGUAUCUCUUAGUCCCUAAUAUUUGGGAACUUUUUAAUGACUCACACCUGUCCCUCGUCUAGCCUUUGUUACAUUUGUAUAUAAGUUCUUGUCUCUCCUUAGUUCCCCGCUCAGCUAAUGAAGUGUGUUUGAAUGUGUUAGCAGUUUGAAGGUCCCCACAGUAAACCCUGUCCUAAAUCUGUGUUCUCAGUCUGCGGUUUCUCCUGUUUAGCUUCAGCCUUCAUUAGUACUUGUAUUGCUUUCAUGCCUUUGU